CAGGCAGCUGUGUGCAUGUUUGGAGGUCUAUUGAACACGAACGAUCUGAUAUCUGUGAACACUCAUGAAGGAGGAAACGCUGCCUGAGAUAUAAGACUUAGGGAUACUUUGGAACAUGACAUACCAUCCUCUAAUCUAGAAUGUGGCGGUAAUGCUCCUAGAAAUUGUUUGCCGACCACCAUGGGAACAGCAGAAGAAGAACGUAAGGCCAGUGAGUUAAACGAACUAAAGGGCGGUCAGACAGGCAGUUUGCGUGGCGAUUUCUAGCUGACUUACCGAAACUAGUCAGUGGAUGAUAACAGCACAUCAAUCUGAAGACAGAAAUGAGCCAUACCUCUCCAGAAGAAAAGGGUCUUGACCCUUUUAUGCUCAGAGACCAGUUCUUUGAGCUAUGGAACCAGAAUGAUCUGCCGAUGCUACACUUGGCUGCCAUCCAGGGAUUUUCAAAGCUGUCUGAGCCUCUUGAGGCCUUACUAACAAUCCUGGAGAGCUGUCCGGGGAAACAGAAAGGUCGGAGCCACACCCUGGGCUAUCACAUUCUCAUGGAAUUCCAGACGUGGAUAAAGGAACAUCCUCAGGUGAAGUUGAGCUCUUUCUCUGAGGACAAAGCAGUGGACCUUCAGCGACGGGCUCUUGGCCUGCUGUCCGACACCAACCCCACCUUUAGAGACAGUCUAAUCAACAUCUACCAACUCAAGUCCUUGGAUCCUUCCAUACUACGUUUGUACAUUGUGAAGCUUCAGGCUCUAAAUUGUUAUAAAGAAGCGAUAACACUCUCCAUAAAGUUGGGAUUACAGACUGAACUCAAUACAAUGGAGAUGCUUGUCCCUGUGAUCUUACAAGACAAGUUGCCUUUGGCAGAGUCUUUUGUCAAAGGACACAAUGAGCUAGAACGGCAGCUUGUCUUGUUACUAGACUCUUGGUGUCACCCGGACUUCAAUGUGGAAGACAUAAGAAAGCAGUUUCCUCACCUCUCUCUGUCCAAACACUACACAGCACAGAUUCAACCCAAAAUGCUCACCAGACACGUCUUGCGGCUCAUGGAGAAAUUCAAAAUUGACCAAAGACUCUGUCCAAAUGCUCUUCACAAGAGGAGACUGGACUCUCUACGUUACCUUAUGUUUAAGACAUUUGGGGAAAAAACCAUGACAGAGGAGAAUUGGACCGAUCAUGUGCAAUAUGUGGUGGCAGAUGACCUCCUGCUGCAAGUCCAUUUAGUACAGAUGUUGGUGAAGUACUGCAGUCUUCAGAAAGCCUCCCAGUGGUCACUGAGAUACAAUAUUCCCAAAGAUCAACUUCCUCUGGGAGUAUGGGAAGCACAACAAAGUCUGCCACCUGAUCUACAACAGAUAUGCUUGAAUGAUAUCACACAAGAGAAGUGGGUGCCACCUCAGUCUCACUGGCAGAAGUUCUACCAGGUGCCUCUCACCAAAGACAAGGUCCACUUUGUAGAUAGGCCAGAAACUUUUCAUGAAUGUCAAAGCAUUGUCCUCAAGGAAGGUGGGAUAGUAGGAGUUGACAUGGAGUGGCAGCCUACAUUUGGCUGCGUCUCUACUCAGACGGUUGCUCUGAUACAACUCGCUGUUCUUGACCAAGUUUUCCUAUUAGACCUUUGUGCAAGAGGAUUCUGUCAACAGUCUGAUCUAAUUGGUUUCAUCAGGGCUUUGUUUUCUAAUCGAAAUAUUUUAAAACUGGGUUACAGUAUGACUGGGGAUCUCAAGUGUCUCUCUGCCACCUGGCCUAAGUUAUCAGAGGAGCCACUGAGGAUGGAGGGGAUGCUGGAUCUGCUUAGGGUACACCAGAAGUGUCAAAAGGUGAAUCGAGUGCAAAAUGGUCCUAGAGAGGUCCUGGUUGGUGAGGACAGUGCAGAAAAGGGCCUCAGUCUGCUAGUGCAGCAGGUCCUAGGAAAGCCUCUGGACAAGACAGAGCAGAUGUCCAACUGGGAGAAGCGUCCACUACGCAUCAGCCAAAUUAGAUAUGCAGUGGCAGAUGCCUACUGUUUGCUGGAUGUGUACUCAGCUCUGUCCAGCAACCCAGCGAGGUUUGGGCUGCCAGCUGACCUGCGUAGUAUCACUUCAGGCCAAUCAGAGACGAGCAAAGGCAAGAAGCAGAAGGAGAAACAGGCCAAGAAGGCAGCACAGGCUCUUGGCAAUGAGGAAUGUCAGGGGGUUCAGAGGGUCAGUCCCUCUCACACAGUGAAAGGCCUCCUGUGUGGCGAGCUGCCCCCAGAGGAUUCCCCACCUCUUCCCCCCCAGCAGUUGCGGGUGGUGUGUGACAACAUGCUGCAAGGACUCGGGAGGUAUCUCCGCUGCUUGGGAGUUGACGUGGUCAUGCUGGAGAACACUGACGAUCACAGAGUGGCAGCCAAGUUAGCACAAGAUGAAGGCCGUGUCAUCCUCACAUGUGGACAGCCAUUUCAAACUUUACGUUCCCAGGUGGGUGAAGGUUGCUGUCUGUCCUUAGACUGUUCAGAGAAGGCCAGAGACCAAGCUAUUCGAGUCCUCAGACACUUCAACGUCCAGCCUACUCCCAGCGACAUAUUCAGCCGCUGUCAGGCAUGUAACAGUGAUCAAUAUGUUGCCAUACCCAAAGCUGACAUGGUAACAUUGCUCAACGAGAAAGGAUUUUUGCUGGAUCACAACACUGACCACAUGUUUGAGAAAUCCUGUCAACAGGAAGAGCUGAGGCUAGACGACACCCUGACCCCCAGCGUGACCCCUGAACCCCCCAGGUACGCCACUCAGUGUCGCUGGGCCUCCCUUUCAGGACUGGACCGUGACACCAUGACCUUUCCCGGGGGGUCGCCCAUUCAGCUCCACACCGUGCCCCCCGCCCUGCUGCAGAGGAUACCGCUGUUCUAUGUCUGCACCAGAUGUGGCAAGGUGUUCUGGGAAGGCUCUCACUUUGGCCGUGUCCUCUCUUUGUUCCAGGACGUCUUGCACGUAACAGAGGAGGACAACAUCCCAGCUGCUGGACCUUGCACACUGGCCCAGAGCGAUUGAUGCAGAUUAAUACACAUACAUAUUUGACAUGUUCUGAGGAGUACUGUUCAUUGAGAAAAGAUUGAGAAGACAGAGUUUUAAAAUAAGAUACGAGUAAAAUAGAGUGGGUUUUUUUAAUUCAGUUUUAUAUUCUUAUUCUUACGAGUUGAAGUAAAUUAUAUCUUUUGUUCAGGUUCACGUAUUUAUCUUCCUGCUGAUAUGAGCAUGCAGCCAGUGUGCGAUGGUGUCUGAUGAGCGAAUGCCAGCAGCUCUAGGCCCUGACAUUUUAGCCACUAGAUUUAAGUCAGGUUGAUGAUUUUUGACAGGAAACUGUGCCAAGAGCUCAAUCUGUGUUCAACCGUUCAUUUAUUCAAAGUGAAUCUCUGAAAGCAGUUUGUUUUAUGCAUUUCUCUUUUAUCCAUCUCACAAGACACUUUUAAGUCAGGCUUAAGAUGCAUUCUAUGCUGUUUUGGUGCGAUUCCUCGUUCGUCUGCCCUUUGAGCCGCCAAGCUGAGUUAGUGAGUAGGUGUGAAGUGGAGGGCGAGGCCUGCAGCAAUAGUGCUGCUGUCAUUUGUUGGUUCUGGGGUGCCAGCUUUAUUUAUAUAAUAAACUGUUGCAAAAAAUGCCCGGUUUAAGUUAUUAUAUUACAAUAGACAGAAGUAGCUUGACGUGGAGCCCAGCUCUGCAGUCGUGUCACAGAACCGUUUAGCAAAAAAAAAAAAGCUCUUUUAAAUUGAGCAUGUUGAAAUUCUUUGUGGAGCUGUAGAAGGAAGCCUUGAAUUAGCCGCCUACUUCUUUGAAAUAAAAGAUAUUUUUUUCCCAGGCAUUGAACCUGCAACCACUUUCACACUGUGGUUCCACAAUGAGACGAUCCUCUGCUUUAGGUGGCUUUGACCGUUUACACAGCAGCCAUUUUACACAUCACUCUGAUUCAGUAAGAAGGCACCUCAAACCUGCCUUGAAAGUGACAUGUGAACAGGACUUCUGUUGUAAAUACUUUAAAUACACUUUUUUUAAUUACAAACGAUUUGAAGAAUUUGUUAUUUAUUGUUUGAUUUCAGUGUAACAAAGACAGACUCAUUUGUUUAUUCUUUUGACUAUUUUUUUCAGUUUUGUUUUGACUGUUAAGCUGAAGAAAUAAAAAAAAAAAUUGAUCUCUGA